AUGGAUGGAAGGUGGAUAAGGAAGAGAGGACAGGGUAUUGAGAGGUUGGAAUACAAGAGCAAGGGAUUGAACUGGAUCUGGGACGGCAAGGAGAAGCUUUCAACGGUAAAGCAGGCUGGUGAUAAGAGGAGGAACUCAACGAGUGGACACCGCGUUCCUUCUCAUGCAGACGUUCGAAGAUUGAUCAACCACAUCGCUCUGCCACCCACUUGCAAGUCCGACAAGAUUGAAAUAGCGAAGUCUUUGCGCCAUGGUCUACACGGUGGACGUUCUGAAUCUGAUCAACCACAUUGCGCUACCACCUCAGCUGCCACAGCCUGGAGAGGCCGACUCUUUUACGAUCAACAAAACCCUUCUGAAGCUCCUCCAAGAUGUAACGCAAACCUGCGGCGGCGCUGCCUAAGUGUCCAUUUUCAAGAUCCUGUCGGCACUACACAAGACCGAACAAGCCAGUUGCGCCAUGACCUGCUCGCUGCCAACCUGACCGCCUUAGAUCCUGGUGACUCUCAAGGUCUCCUCAACUAA